AUGGGACCCCGUGAGACCCCGUGGGACCCCGUGGGACCCCGUGGGACCCCGUGGGACCCCACGAAACCCCGCGAGACCCCACCCCGUGAGACCCCGCGAGACCCCACGAAACCCCGUGAGACCCCGUGGGACCCCGUGAGACCCCGUGAGACCCCCAUGGGACCCCGUGAGACCUCGUGGGACCCCGUGGGACCUCGUGGGACCCCGUGGGACCCCGGACCCCGUGAGACCCCGCGAGACCCCGUGGGACCCCGUGAGACCCCGCGAGACCUCACGAAACCCCGCGAGACCCCGUGGGACCCCGUGAGACCCCGUGAGACCCCAUGGGACCCCGUGAGACCCCCAUGGGACCCCGUGAUACCUCGUGGGACCCCGUGGGACCUCGUGGGACCCCGUGGGACCCCGUGA